AUCAAAUCAUAGAUAAAAGAAGUUCUUGGUUGUUGAAUUGAAAAAUGAAAUUAAAACUAGAUUGUUUUUAAAUUUGUUAAUUUCGAACGUUAAUCCAGAAGUGCAUUCCAUUCCAGACAGUAUAAAAUGGCUUCAGUAGAUAAAUAUUCAAUUUUAUUACCUACAUACAACGAAAUAGACAAUCUUCCUAUAAUAAUAUGGCUAAUAAUCAAAAAUAUGAAUGCUAGUGGUUUUUCAUAUGAAAUAAUUAUUAUAGACGAUGGAAGUCCCGAUGGUACCUUAGAAGCAGCUCAACAGUUACAGAAAAUAUAUGGUGAAGAUAAGAUUGUUUUAAAACCAAGAGAAAAGAAACUAGGGCUGGGUUCGGCUUAUAUACAUGGCAUAAAACACGCAACAGGAAAUUUUAUUAUCAUCAUGGAUGCAGAUUUAAGUCACCAUCCAAAAUUUAUUAAGGAGUUUAUAGAGACACAAAAGUCACAUAACUAUGAUAUAGUAACUGGCACAAGAUAUAAAGGAACUGGAGGGGUACAUGGAUGGGAUUUUAAAAGAAAAUUAAUUUCUCGUGGUGCUAAUCUAUUGACACAGAUACUUUUACGUCCAGGUGUUUCAGAUUUAACUGGAUCUUUUCGUCUUUAUAAGAAGGACAUUUUGGAAGAUUUAAUUAAAAGUUGUGUUUCUAAAGGCUACGUUUUUCAAAUGGAAAUGAUUGUAAGGGCGAGGCAAAAAAACUAUACAAUAGGUGAAGUACCAAUUACAUUUGUUGAUCGUGUGUAUGGAGAAUCAAAAUUAGGGGGCUCAGAAAUAGUACAAUUUGCUACAGCUCUCCUAUAUUUAUUUGCUACAACCUAAGAAAUAUGUGAUAUUUUAUAUAAAUAUACAUAAACAAUAUAUUUGAUAAUGAAUAAUAAAUU